AUGAAUAAAGAUGCCAAUGUUAUCAAUGUAUCUAGUGAAAUCAUUGAUCACAAAAAAAAUUUAAACGGAAAACCGUUAAGUGUGAUGGUUGCAGCCGGACCAUAUUCAUUGGAAAUGGGAUUUAAAUAUGAACCAUUACGCGAAUUGAUAAGAAAUAUGACAGAGGAAAAACCAGAUAUCUUAAUUUUGAUGGAACCAUUUGUCGAUGAAGAUCAUCCUAUGAUACAAAGUGGAGAGGUAUUAGGUACACCUGAGGAACUCUUUAGAAAAUUUAUUACGUUUCCAUUGGCUGCAUUCAUUAAAUCUUCACCGAAAACCAAGGUUAUUAUGAUUUCCAGUACGAAAGAAUAUUUCAUGAAUGUCUGUCAUUUCCUCGACAAAGCAGGAUUGCCAAAG